AAAAUCGCUCAACGUGGGACAAAGGAAGAGUGCCCAUAAAAAAUAAAGAAAGGGUCCCUGGAAGAAGAAGAGGAGGGGAGAAGCAAAGCUGUGAGGUUGGGAACUUGGGGUGUUGAUCAGAAGAGGCCGGUGUUGUUUUUGACUGGAACGCGGAAAAGACAGGGAAUCGGAUUCAUGGAUAUCGGAUUUCUAGGACUUGGUAUCAUGGGGAAGGCCAUGGCCAUGAACCUCCUUCGCCAUGGCUUCAGGGUGACCGUGUGGAACAGAACACUGUCGAGGUGUGAUGAACUCGUAGAGCAUGGUGCUUCAGUUGGAGAAACCCCAGCAGCAGUGAUUAAAAGGUGCAAAUACACCAUCGCAAUGUUAUCAGAUCCUUCUGCCUCCCACUCGGUAGUGUUUGACAAGCAUGGUGUUCUUGAAGAAAUAUGCCAAGGGAAAGGAUAUAUUGAUAUGUCAACUGUUGAUGGGAAUACAUCAUCCAAUAUUAGUGAGGCAAUUACUAAAAAAGGUGGGCUAUUUCUUGAAGCUCCGGUCUCAGGUAGCAAGAAGCCAGCCGAAGAUGGGCAGUUGAUUAUUCUUGCUGCUGGAGAGAAGGCAUUAUAUGAUGAAAUUUUUCCUGCUUUUGAAGUUAUGGGGAAAAGGUCAUUCUUCCUCGGUCAAGUUGGAAAUGGUGCAAAAAUGAAACUUGUUGUCAAUAUGAUAAUGGGAAGUAUGAUGAGUGCAUUUUCAGAAGGUUUGGUUCUUGCAGAUAGAAGUGGACUUGACCAACAAACUUUGCUAGAUGUUCUGGAUUUAGGUGGCAUGGCAAAUCCCAUGUUCAAAUUUAAGGGACCUGCAAUGAUCCAGAGAAGUUUCCCUCCAGCUUUCCCUCUGAAGCAUCAGCAGAAGGAUAUGAGGUUGGCUGUUGCUCUUGGGGAUGAACAUGCAGUUUCAAUGCCUGUAGCUGCAGCAGCUAACGAGGUUUUUAAAAGGGCAAGAAGCAUGGGACUGGGUGACAAUGACUUUUCAGCUGUCUAUGAGGCUGUUAAGAACCCAGAUGGUGCAACCCAAAUGUGAAUACUUGUGUGAUCUUACUCAUCAUGAAAGGGAUGCAGUAUUGCGAAGCUGUUUCUGCUCACUUCUGCUUGUGGGCAUGCAGACGUGGACCUUUACUUGGCUCUCUUCCCCAACCCCCAGAACUCACUUUCUACUUGUAUUCAAGAUGUUCAGCACAUGCAUGGUUAAGUAAAGCAGUUGCUUUGUCCCGGUUCCACUGUAUAGUUGCUGAUUUUCAGUAAGUUUUUGUGUGAAAUGAUGCAUCUAUCUGGAGGAUAUGUCCAUUUGGACGUUAUGUUUGCUGUAUAAGUGAACAGUACUUCCAGUUGAUAAUGUGAACGUGGACAAAACGCACUUAUGACAAGACAAUGAAAAUUGGAUGCAUAAUAAUCCUCCUUUA